AUGGCGGACGAGCCGAAGAAUGAGACCGCUGGCGCUCUCUUUGAAUCCCUGGCUGAACGCCAGCCGCGUGCGGCUUGCGCUGCCGUUCAUGUGACUGACAAGGAGACGUUUUUAGAUAACAACGAGCAGUUCGACCAGAACUCGCUGGGUGAGAGCGAGUACCAGGGCGGCGAAUUCAUGUCGCAGCUUUCCCUCAACUACGCCAAUGACCCCAAUGCGGCCGCCAACCAGCUGGUGAUUCGCCCGCCAAAUGGUGGCUAUGGGUGGAUUAUCGUCAUUGCUGCCUUCUUCUCCAACCUGAUUGUUGACGGUAUUGCCACCUGCUUCACCGCCUUUAAGCCAAGCUACUCGCAAACUUUCCAGUCGCCGGACUCAGUGAUUGCUCUGAUCGGUGCCCUGCUGAUUGCCGCAUAUUUGCUCGUUGGACCAUUCGUCGGCGGCUUGUGCAACAAAUUCGGAUCUCGCCCGGUUGUGAUGGUUGGCAGUCUCUUGUCGGGAUUGGCCUUCGUUGCCGCUCCUUUCAUGCCGAACGUGUGGAUGUACAUCUUUGCCUACGGCCUUAUUGGAGGAAUCGGCUUUGGAAUGAUUUACCUCCCGGCCAUCGUUGUCGUCGGCUACUAUUUCGAUACCAAGCGCGCUAUGGCUACCGGACUUGCCGUUUCCGGGUCUGGUGUUGGCUCUAUUGUAAUGCCACUGGUUGGGCAGUACUGUGUUGACACGUUCGGCUGGAAAGUCGCUGUCUGGAUCCUCGCAGCCAUGAUCUUUUCCUGCGCCCUGAUGGCCCUGUUGUACCGCGAAUUGGCGCCCGAACCCGCAAAGGAUGUUGAAAUGGAGCCUCUCCGUAAUGGGGUUGAUCACCAGAAUGGGGAUGUUGGAAGCCCAAAGGCGACUGGAGAUGAACGCCUCCGCAACGCUCUUGCCCACUGCGAAGGUGAUGGCGACCGGGAAGCACACGCCGACGACACCGCCGAGUUCAACCGCAGCCGCACGAGCAGCCAGACUGCCGCCCAGCGAACCCGCAAAGCUACUAUCACCAGCACCAACUCUGGCAUGAACUCCCAGAACGACCUCUCUGCUUCUCGCUCCCAGCUGAAUGGUGGUGGCCUCUCGAAAAUCUCCGUCCGCUCCUUCGCCCAGUCGAUGAGCAAGCUCUCCCGCUCCGGACAAUCGAACUUGAGCUUGGCCAUGAGCGGUGUCGAUCCCGCCGAAUUUUCCAAACCACUCAAUCGUCAAGACAUCUUCUACGCUGGCUCUGUGACCAAGUUGAACGAGUUCAAGAAGGAGGGAGAUGCCCAGUCCUACCGUGCCUCGGUCGUCAACAUUCCCGCUGCCGUUGUGGGAGAGGUUCUGGCUGCCUCAAACUUGAACCUGAAUGAGGGACCUGGCCUUGGAAAAUUCUCCGGAUCGCGCGUCUCGCGUCUGACUGGUGGUUUGCUAAAUGAGGAUGUUGAUCUAGUCGAUGACACGAAAUGCAAAUGGUUGCCGAUGGGAGUGCGCACCACGCUGUCUCAGAUGAUUGAUCUCGAGCUUAUGAAGGAUCCGGUUAUGUUCCUGCUAUGCAUUUCGAACUUCCUCGGCAUGAUGGGCUUCUACAUCCCGUACGUCUACCUUCAGGAUUUGGCUGAGUCGAAGGGGGUGCCAAAGGAGCAAGCUGUGUUGCUUGUGCCGAUUCUUGGUGUCUUGAACACUAUUGGCAGGGUUGUAUGCGGUUGGUUGGCCGAUCGCAAGUUCGUCAGCUCGUUGGCGAUCAACAACUUCUCGCUGGUUUCUUGCGGCUUUUUGUGCUUCCUUGCCCCGUUCUGCACCACCUAUACCCUGCUGAUCGUCUACUCUUCGGUUUUCGGCUUGAUUAUCUCCGCAUACAUUUGCCUGACUUCGAUCGUUCUGGCUGACCUUCUUGGAAUUGAGAACCUCACCAACUCGUUCGGUCUGCUGGUGGUCUACCGUGGUUUUGCUUGUCUAUGCGGAACACCAUUUGCCGGUCUGGCCUACGAUGUCUCAAAGUCGUACGACGUCUGCUUCUACCUUGGCGGUCUUGUCAUCCUGAUCGCCGGUCUCGUCUCCUGUGCGGUUCCCUACUUCGACAACAAGCGCCGCUCCAAAGGUCUGAACGAAGGAGAUUACCUAAAAGAACCGAUCGAGUUCCAAGACAACAUGUCUGGAAAAUUGUCGGUGCUCACCGAGCGUUCUGAAGAGGCGCUAACUGACUAUCAGAGGACGAUACAGUCCCUUAGACAGCAACAUGCGCUAUUGCAGGAUGUGGAGAGGGAGAGAAGGAAAUGCUCAAAGCCCCUGGUGAAUGAAGUUCACGAAGAAACCGAUGAUCCGGACCAGGACCAAAAAUCUAACGCC